AUGCCGGGUCUGCAGGAGCCUCCGACCUGUUCCCUCCACCAUGAAGGAAACGUGUUGAUUAAAGCGUGUGUUCUCGUUGAUUUAAAGCGUGUUUCCCUCCACCAGGACCUGUUCCGCUCCACCAUGAAGCCCGUCCAGAAGGUGCUGGAGGACUCGGACCUGAAGAAGCCCGACAUCGACGAGAUCGUGCUGGUGGGCGGCUCCACCCGGAUCCCCAAGAUCCAGCAGCUGGUGAAGGAAUUCUUCAACGGCAAGGAGCCGUCGCGCGGCAUCAACCCCGACGAGGCCGUGGCGUACGGCGCCGCCGUGCAGGCCGGGGUUCUGUCGGGCGAGGAGGACACCGGAGAGGUGGUUCUGCUGGACGUUUGCCCCCUGACCCUCGGCAUCGAGACGGUUGGAGGAGUCAUGACCAAACUGAUCCCCAGAAACACGGUGGUUCCAACAAAGAAGUCCCAGAUCUUUUCCACGGCCUCGGACAACCAGCCCACCGUCACCAUCAAGGUUUAUGAAGGUGAGCGGCCCCUGACCAAGGACAACCACCUGCUCGGCACCUUCGACCUGACGGGCAUCCCGCCCGCGCCGCGCGGCGUCCCGCAGAUCGAGGUCACCUUCGAGAUCGACGUCAACGGCAUCCUGCGCGUCACGGCCGAGGACAAGGGCACGGGCAACAAGAACAAGAUCACCAUCACCAACGACCAGAACCGGCUCACGCCCGAGGACAUCGAGCGCAUGGUGAACGACGCCGAGCGCUUCGCCGACGAGGACAAGCGGCUGAAGGAGCGCAUCGACUCGCGCAACGAGCUGGAGAGCUACGCCUACUCCCUGAAGAACCAGAUCGGAGACAAGGAGAAGCUGGGCGGCAAGCUGUCGGACGAGGACAAGGAGGCCAUCGAGAAGGCGGUGGAGGAGAAGAUCGAGUGGAUGGAGUCGCACCAGGACGCCGAGCUGGAGGACUUCCAGGCCAAGAAGAAGGAGCUGGAGGAGGUGGUGCAGCCCAUCAUCACCAAGCUGUACGGCAGCGCCGGCGGGCCGCCGCCCGAGGGCGGCGAGGCCGAGGAGAAGGACGAGCUGUGAGAGGGCGAGGCCGUUCCCUCGGGGCCGUUCCCUCGGGGCCGUUCCCCUCGGGGCCGUUCCCCUCGGGGCCGUUCCCUCGGGGCCGUUCCCCUCGGGGCCGUUCCCCCGGGGCCGUUCCCCCGGGGCCGUUCCCUCGGGGCCGUUCCCCUCGGGGCCGUUCCCCUCGGGGCCGUUCCCCUCGGGGCCGUUCCCCCGGGGCCGUUCCCUCGGGGCCGUUCCCCCGCCCUCCGGCUCAUCCACAUGUACAUACGGAACUCACGGGACUCUAACGAGAGGAGCGGCGGGCAGGGGGAGGCGGGGGCGGG